AAUAAUAACUCUAUGUCUAUUAUGAAAAGUUAUAGGCUAAUUAUGAUUUGCCAACUUCUGAUUUCAAUGCAUGUAGUUUCAACUAAAAUGAAAUAACAAAGAACACUAAUGGCACAGCUCAUUUUGCGCUAUAUAAUACAAAAAAAAAAAUAUAUAUAUAUUUUAGGACAUGCACUUAUUGUAUCUGGGGGUUGUCAAAUUUGUUAGUUUCAACUCAUAUUGUACUGGAUAUUAUAUAGCAUUAUCAUUAAUACUAUUAAAGUUACUUGUUAUAUAAGUUAUGCAAACAAAUUUACUAAACUUGCACAAUUAUAAGUUAUCAGUAAUUGGUUGGUUAUUGUAAUGUUUUCGUUUUCUCUUUUAUUACCACAAUGGGAAUUCUUUCCAAGUACCCCCGGGAACCCCCUUAAGCACCCCCUAGGGUACACAUACAGUAGUCCUACCCCUGGUUGGGAAUUACCAGUUCUGAGAUGUAACCGCUACUGAACCCCAAGCACCACCCAAUUAACAAAUAAAUCAAGCAGUGUCAAAGUAUGCCAGUAUUUAAACAUAGAUCUAUAUAGACUCUCCAGUGGGCGAUACGACAUGACGUCAUGGUUGAUAGUUGCAGACGUCACGCUCCGUGGGUUGAUACAGCAUUACGUCUUGUAUGUGCGAGAGAGGGAGAGAGAGAGAGGUGAGGCCGCGCAUGCGCAGCCGCUAUUAAGCCUGACAGCCGAUCCAGUGCAGCAUUCCCGUUUCCAAACGCACAGGAGCGCCGCUUUUUCCAUCGCGUUACCCCAUCCAGACAUUUACACCGGUGGGAACACGCUGUUAAAAAACAAGCCCUCAAACAUGUCUGUGGGUAAUGACUUUGGAAACCCUUUAAGGAAAUUCAAACUCGUCUUUCUUGGAGAGCAAAGCGUGGGGAAGACUUCCCUGAUCACACGCUUCAUGUACGACAGCUUUGACAACACGUAUCAGGCGACAAUUGGAAUCGACUUCCUGUCAAAAACGAUGUAUUUGGAGGACAGAACGGUUCGGUUGCAGUUGUGGGACACAGCAGGCCAGGAACGUUUCAGGAGCCUCAUUCCGAGCUAUAUAAGAGACUCCACCGUAGCUGUGGUGGUGUAUGACAUCACAAAUGUGAAUUCAUUCCAGCAAACUUCCAAAUGGAUCGAUGACGUGAGAACGGAGAGAGGAAGUGAUGUCAUCAUCAUGCUGGUGGGCAAUAAAACAGAUCUGGCAGAUAAGAGGCAAAUCACGAUUGAGGAAGGUGAGCAGCGGGCCAAGGAGCUGAGUGUGAUGUUUAUCGAAACCAGUGCCAAGACAGGCUACAACGUCAAACAGCUGUUUCGACGUGUGGCAGCUGCCCUUCCAGGAAUGGAGAGCAUGCAGGAGACAAGCAAAGAAGGCAUGAUUGACAUAAAAUUGGACAAACCACAGGAGCCUCCAACUACUGAGGGCGGAUGUUCCUGUUAAUAGCUCACAUCUGAUUUACAGCAUCAUCUACACCACAUGCUUGUUGUGUUGCUUCCUCUUGGUUAGCUUCCAGUUGUGUUUUCAGAAUGGAUAUUUGGCCUUCCCAUCUGACUUUUAGUAACUGGUUGGAAUCAGUGUUACGUCAAUUUCAGUUGUAAAAUAGUAUACUUUAGUAACAAAAUUGCCAAAAAAUCCUAAAAAUUUGAAAAGUAAAGGGCAAAAAUCAACAAAAAUGUAGACUAUGUCCAGCAUAUAUACUUUUUGAAAAUGUAGAGAGGCAGAUUUUUUUUCUUUGUUUUGUAUUUUUGUAUACAAGGAUGAGCACUAAAACAGAUGCAGACAAUAAAUUCUAUAAUUUUGCUGUACAAAUCAGGAUUUCAAAAGCAAGAGGGCAAUUCAAACAACAAAUAACCAACGAAAUAUGGCAAACAUGCAUGUUAGCCAUUUUUAAAAGCAUCUCAAUCCAGCUGGCUACUGUGCACAAGAUUAUGUGAAUGUGUAUGUUUUUAAUGCACUUCAUGAAAUCAACUUAUUUUAGCCUCUUUUUUUUUUUCUUGCUGUGACGGAACUUGAAAUUUUAAGUUUCAGGCCAGGUCUUUAAGUGAGUUUGUGUAAGUGUGUCAUUACAGAUCCCUUAAAACCUUUCCACAUUAUGUGUGAUUUUUAAAAAAUCUGUUUAUGUACAGUUCAUGUCUUAGUUACACGGUUUAUUGAAUGUUUACAGCAUAUUUUUUCUUUAUUAUUUCCUGUUCACAGUGAAAGCAAACCACUUGUGCAAACAACCUGAUAACAUGAAAGGAUUCUGUUUCUUCUGUGGAAUGUUUCUUAUUCUUUAACUUAAUUAGGGCAUUUAGCGUAUUGCAGAUAGUCUCUAUGAAGACUAUGAACGUGACUGAGGAGCAAAUCAUGCAUCUAAACUUGGUCAUUCAUAUUUAAUUGAUUGGAAUAAUUCCUUUGCACACUAGCAGUUUCCACACUGAUUCUUCAAACAGUCCAGUUCUAUUGUAAAUAUAUCAGCUGUCAUUUUCAAACAGGCUUUAAUAUCAGAAAUGCAAAGAUGGGACAUUCCUCCAAAAAUAACUAUAGUUCAAUUUUCAUAAUUAGCAUUAUGCAGCAUUAUUGUGUUUGCCUUGUGUAGGAACCCACUCAUGUCUACACCUGCUCUUUGGGCCAGUAAAUUGUAGUGCACUGACCAGGGGGACACACAUUGUGUAGUACAUCAGUUUAUUUGAAAUGUAUUUCAUGUGAAUCCUUAAUGCACUUUUUCAAGAAAGGAAGAUGUAAAUGUUUCAAAAUUGCUGUCAAAUGUCUGUCCUUGAAACCACUUUAGAGUUCAAACUGUAGCGUACAUCUCUGUGAAAAUCGCUCGAGGGUCACUGUACAGAUAUACUAUUUGUAAAGUUGCUUCACAUAACGCAGAAACAAGUCAAAACUAGCUAUCUGUGAUGUUGAGGAAGUGAGUAGGAGCACAUAACAUUAGCGCCAGAAUCCAAGUGAAAUGCCACUUUUUCCCUAUUAAAUCCAGCAGCAUUUAGUUGGAAUGGAAGGUGAACUACACUGUAAUUGUUUGACAGUAAAACCCUUCAUUUGCUUCCUGAUUUUGGAUAGUUUGGAAACUUAAAGGGAAAAUCAGAUUUGUCUGUGCCAGUGCUUUCUCACAUCACAGAGAGGUUCAGAAAGAUGUCACUUAAUGAAAGCUUGAUGGGAGUAUUUAUUGGUUUUGUUUACAUUUAGUUUUCUUCACUUAUUAUCUUCUGAAAAGAGGUUCUCAUUUGAAUUUAAUGGGGUGUAGAUACGCCCUGUGUAUGGAAUCAUGUCAUCAGUGUACUAUCACCUGUACUAUACCGGUAGUCAUUGUGAUUGACACAACGCUACAUCAGCCUUGGGAGAAUGUCUGUGCGUAAAUGAGUUAUGCUUUUAAGGGUGCAACCAUUCCCUGUGUAUAUGUUUUAGCUCAGCCAGCCUGAUUGAUUCAGAGCUAGCUUUACCAUUCACACUGUAUAGAAAUCUAGCAUGUCGGUCCAAAUCAGUAAAAUCAAUAAA